AUGGCGAAUACUCAUCCACCGAAUGUUUCUUCGCAGACAAGACACGGACGACGACAUAAUAUCGAAGAAAUCGCUGCAAUCGGUCAAGCAGAUUAUCAACUUCCUGAAAGAACGUAAGAUAUCCACCGGGCAAAGAGAACUGGUCUUUUGGUUUCAAGAUGCCAGGGAGGAAGGCCUGUUCCGGCGUGCAGGCCGCCGCGAUCUCAGAAGGCGGAUUUUAAAUUCACUGAAGAAAGGGGAGAAACCUCAUUUAGGGAACAAUGACGCGGCUCUGGAAUGCGCAGCCGCGUUGCAGCUAUUCUUGAGCCAUUUGAAGAAACCCGUGAUGCCCCACCACGUCCAGCAACUUCUUCUUGCUGAUAAUCCUGGAGUGACCGCUCACAUGAUCGCCAAGGACGCACUAGGAUUGAUACGACAGGAUGUCGGUGGUCGUCACGGAGAACUUCUUGCCGGCCUUCUUGAUUUACUGAGACACUUGACCCUCUCUGGCCCUCCAUCCGAAAGAUCAGAGCUACGUGGUUCGCCGCUUCCGAUUGCACUGCUCCCAGUCUUUUUCACUUUGACGCCGGCCGAUCUGGUGAAAUGGAAGCAAGUGGCCACCAGAUUCAACGAAUUAAUUACCGAAGCCCCCGAGCAACUGCAGCUGAAUGAAAAUCGAUCGUGCGAAAUGGAAUGCAGCAGGCUGUCCGUGGGCAGCGCCGGCAACGUGAGGAAUAGAAACUUUCUUGCGGCU